AUGACCAAAGAGGCCGGCGAGAAAGUGUUGUUGACAGGAACGGGCUUCAUCGCAUCGCACGUUCUCGACUGUCUACUGGAUCAUGGAUCCCCGGAAAAAGGGCAGCGAAUUCUAGAGUCGACCCGCGAGAGCCUGCGCACCCGCGUCUCGUAUGUUGUGGUCGAGGACGUUGCUGAAGAAGGCGCCUUCGAUGAGACUUUUGCCGAGUCGGCGGCGUGGAAAUUUGUGGCAGUCGAAUCUCCGGGCUUUGACCUCGUCGCCAUCAACAACACGUACACGUUCGGACCGAUCCCUCGUAGCCUAGCCGGCCUGGAAGCACUCAACACGUCCAACCACCGGAUACGCGACCUCGUGCAUGGCCAUUGGUGCGAGCUGGGUGUACCGGCAACCUAUCCCGUCUUCACCUUUGUUGACGUGCGAGACGUUGCAUUGGCACACGUGCGUGCACUGACAGUGCCGGAGGCAGGGGGAAAGCGGUUUUACGUGGUUGGCGGCUUCUUUUCGAACCCUCGGCUAGUGCAGAUCGUCCGACAGCACUUUCCAGAGUUGAAGAACCGGCUGCCUGAGGAAACCACAGUCACAGACGAUUUCCCAGAAAACCACUGGAAGUUCGACAAUCGGCGGUCGAGGGAGGUGCUGGGGAUCGAGUACACGAGCUUGGAAGAGAGCGUCGUCGACACCGUCAGGUCGAUCUUGGAAUUUGAGAGAGUGUAG